UCCAAACACAUUUCCUGUGCGUGUUGUCUUGGGUGGACCUCAUAAGUUGGCUAAGAAAACUGGUUGUUAGGUAAUGAGUCAGUCAGAGCUUGGACACUGAAAGCGUCCACUGCAGAUGAACAGACGGCAGAAAGGGAACCAUGGACUAUCUGUCUGGAUUAUGUUUUGUUAACUUUUUGACGGUUGUCUUCGGCAUUCCGGAUUCUACUCAGCGCUACUCUGUAAACUUGGACAACCAUACAUUUCAUGAGGCUGAGAAAUUAUGUGGAAGGGAUGGCUUUCUGGCUAACAUACCAGAUCAGGAAGCAAUUGUAAAGAUUCUUAAACUCAUUGAGCACAAAGGAGACAGAAAGUCUACUCUCUUCUGGAUUGGACUAAAAAAGGAAAAGGAAAAGUGUGUUCAGGAAAAUCUUCCACUUAAGGGUUUCUACUGGACUAUAGAUAACAGCACUGAAUAUGCUCUUAAUAAAUGGAAAGAAGAAACAAGUGCUACUUGCACAAAUGCACUUUGUGGACUUCUUUCUGUAGAGUAUGGAGGCUCUACCAUAGACAGCUGGGGAUUAACUGCUAAGCCCUGCAGUAAGCCAUUUCCCUAUAUUUGCAAACAUAAAGGAGUAAAUGUCACUGCAUGUCCUUCUCGACCAAAUAUAUUAGGGCACUAUGACAUUAUGCAAAAAGAGAAUGAUCCUUAUACACUUAAGAUUUCUUGCAGUGGCACAGACAGUUACACGCUGACCUGUUCAAGGGACACUGGUCAAUGGAAACUGGUAGGUGGAACAGAGACAGACAUACACAAACUUUGUCUUGCAUGUGAAAAUGUCUACAAAAACAAUCGUGAUGGAAAGUGUAAGAAUGUAGAUGAAUGUCAGCAAUCCAAUAACUGUAAAUUCCAUUGCUUCAAUACAGAAGGCUCAUACACCUGUAUGUGUGCGGACGAGAUGAAAAAAAUUUACUCGCAAUUAUGCAAGAAAUCAAACACCACCCUUUUCAGGUCAACCACUGACGCUACUAACCAUGUCCAGGAAAAAACAACUUCCUCUUUCAUGGACAAGAAACCUCUUCCUUCAUCUCAACCAGCUGUUGACAAUACUACUGAAAGUGGGGUUACUAUUGAUGAAAGCACUGGAGACCUGCCAAAUAUAAUCAUCCCUCUAAUUAUAGCUUUGCUGAUCUUUGUGGUACUGGUUGUGAUUAUUGUGGCUAUCGUGAAAUUCUUCCUCAUAAGAAGGGCGAGGAAACGAGCAAAGAAAAGAGCAGCCUUGAAAGAAUCUGUUGCUCUGAAUGGAGCAGACUCGAUGGAAAAAGUAAAUGAAUAAUCUGCUUGGCAAAUAUUUUGACUGAAAUGUCUCAUUUUAAGACAGACACAUCUUUCCGUUCACAUUUUCUCUGUAUCUCUACAGUUUCUAUCCAUAUCUCAACAUACUAGCUGAAUAGCUAUUAUAAAUAGCUGCUUUAGUGUAUGAAUAAGUGUGUGUGUGUGUGUUGUGUGUGUGUGUGUUCCUUACUCAGCCCCAGUAUUACCAGGCUUUAGAAUCACAGCCACCCUUACUAGGAUUAAAUGACUGACGAAGAUGAACAAAUUAACAAAAGGAAAUAUUGUAAAAGAACUCAGUGGCAGAACCUGAAAGGUGCUAAAUAUGUAUAUUCAAUGUCAUUUUUGUAUAUUAUGUUAUAUUACCAGUUCUGUUUAAUGAUUACUUUUAUUUUUUUAAUCUGAAAAUCAUGAUUUUAUUUUUUGUUGACAUUUUAUAUGAUAGGUGUAAUUUGCAGGAGAUUUGAGCUGUGAAUGAAUGUUUGUAUAGAAGUUCUUAGGUCUUGCAAUGGUGAUUACAUUUUUUUAAGUUUGAAAUUUUACAGAAUAAACACGCUAGAGAAAUGCCACAAAUAAGCUGACAUACUCUUUUUCCUGCAUAUAUUUGCAUUAUGGCACAGCAGGCAAAAAAUGAACAAAAUUAAACAGACCUUGCAGAUUCAUGCACGGGCUACUGGCACUACCACAAAUUGUAUUAACCCCCAGUGUGCAUGCAGACUAACCAUCAGGUCACCUCUUAAGAGGUCUUCAGGUUGUCUUCAAGCAGACUUUGGAAUAAGGAAUUUAGGAAAUUUGUCCUGAAGGUAUCUGGUGUGUUAACAAUUUUGUGGCUUUAAUGGGUUCUGAAGAUGUCAUCAGUAGGCCUUUACUCCUGAUGAUGUCCUGCUGUCCUACCUUUGCCUAUUGAGAUCUGCAGGAAACACAUCCACUAUGAAUGUCAUACUAAGCAUUACGUUUUGAGAUUGUUUUGGUAUAGCAUUUACUUUGUGACAAGAGAGCCUCUGCAACUUUUAACAAGAUCCAACAGAAAAAAGAGAAUGGCUUCAAGAAACCUGUGAUCUAGCAUGCAUAAAAUAACUGCAAAUUACUUAUCAUUAUUCAUUAUUAGUGUUUUAAUAGAAAUGUUCCAGUUUUGAGAAUCACAUGUUUCAAACACCAGGCUGAAAUUUACAUGAGUUUAAAAUCUAAUACAGUCACAAGAUUUCAGGGUCAACAUCAGUAUGUCUACAGGAAUAAGCCUGGUUUAGGAAUAAGACUGACAGCGUCAAAAAGAUUCAUAAUCGAAUUCUAAUAAAUAAAUGAAUGAAUGAAGAAUAAAUAAAUAAAUAAAUA